GGCGAGUUAAUUAAAGUUAGAAUAAAUUGCGCACGCGCAUAGAGCCAGUUUGCAAGUACAGUGCAAAAUCGUGUCUACAAUGAAAUGAUUCUUCUCUGGACAAACAACGAUAUGGCACGUUCUAUCUCAACGCAGACCCCAGCAUUAGCAAAAUACUCAAAUUAAAGGUCACUCGUGAGAGGGAUGGUUUCACGUCUGUGGUUUAUUUCCUUUGAAAAGGCCCCGGAAUGAGGAAGAGAACUGACCACGUGACGAUGUACAAAGCAUGCAAGGAGUUGUGGGAAGUUAUUUAUGCUGAGCUUAUUCAUGAUCAAAGUGCUGUGUAUCUUCGUUGCGACUCGUAAGAGGUUAGCGAUCGUGGGUUGAAAUGGCGCUUGUGGGGUAGCGUUCUGUUCAACAAACAAAGCAUGGAGUGCAGAGAGGAGGAGGAAGGUCCUCAACAAAGCCUCAUAGCGCAGGAAAUUCUGUCUUUACCGGCGCGAGAGGUGCUCAGUUACUGUAAAGUUAGAGACCCGCUUUCACUACGAUUGAAUAUUGUGGGCGCUUUGAAAAACUGGAAAGAUGUCGCCGACUCGCUCGGUUAUCCUACGGAACAGAUCCUUGGUUUAUUCGCUCAUGACGCUAGACCAGGACUUGUAUUGCUAGAAGACUGGAUGUACAAAAAAAAUGGUCGUUUAGGAGAACUUGUGGAUGUAUUGACUAACCUCCAACUCUGCGCCUGUCUGGAAGUGAUCCACGAGUGUGUAGAAGAAUAUGAAACAACAUCAGGGAAGGGCAACCUGCCAAGUGAAGGCGAUGAGGAUGAUGACUUCAGUGACGGACAGAGAGACCAAGAAGGAUUUGGACAUAAUUCUAACACUGCUCCAUCCAGUAUGAGUAGCAAUGUCAGUGGGAGUAGCACAAAUGUUUCGUCUUCAGACUUUAAUACUUUUAACACAGAACAAACAACAUCUGUAACUUCAGAAUGUUCAACAACUUCAAAGUUACCACAUUCUUCACAAUAUGUUGCAGCUGUGGACAGUAAGGCUUUGGAUAAUGGAAUUGAUAAAUAUUUAGAGACUGGUUCAGCUGACUACAAAGAACUUCAAGGAAAGUGUUUUAGUAGUGGUAACUUGAAUGACGGGGGAGAUUCUGCUGUGAAAAGACCAGAUCUCUUUAGAUUUAAGUCGUGGUCACCUAAUUAUUCUGAAGGAGAAACUGGUGGGAAACUAGAUUCUGGCAGAGAUGGAAGGAGCUUGAUUAACCGUUCUGUUUCCCAUGAACCAAACUGCAAAAAAUCCAAGGAAGGAAAGUCUCUUCGGAAAAAGUUCAUCAGUUUGAUUUCCAAGCGUAAACGUCAGAAGAAAUCAUCUGAACAGUCAAGCAAGGAGGAAAAAUCUGGUACAGUUGAAACGUCCAUGAAUACAUCAGGCACAGCCAUGAGCUCUUACAGUGAGGCUGCUCCAAAGCCAUGUGAAAAUUUGUCUCCACUCAAUGUCACAGAGGCACGCAAAUUGUCACUUACAGAUAGUUUGAGCUCUGCAGAAUCCAUUGCCUCGCCAAUAUCCCCAGGAUAUGAAUCAGGGUAUAUGUCAUCGGAAGGUCCAUCUGUGAGUUCUGGGAAGACAAUUUCCAUCAUUCACUGCUCUGACUUGGAAGGGGAAGCCUUUAGAGAGGAGGUCUUAAAGUUGUACAAUCGUUUUGAACGUUCACUGGGCUACAGGUGUCACUUGGACAAGUUAGAACUUAUUCAAGUAGCAGAACACAAGUUCCGCUAUGCAAUAAAAAGUGUCCAGGAGAGCGACUUCUUGUUUAUUUGUGUCUCGCCAGAAUUGAAAAGAAUUUUUGAUUCUCCUCCUGAAGAAAUCAGCGACAGUCUUGAAGCUGAUGAACAGUGCAUGUUGCGACUUGAAUCCGAUCUGAUAUUAGCUGAUCUUGCUGUCCAUGCCAGCAACAGGAAAGGCAAAUUCAUGACCAUCAUGCUCAAAGGAUCGUCCAAAGGUGAUGUGCCAUGCUUUUUGAACUUGUUCAUGAAGUACCACUGGCCAAAAGAUGAACGAAAAAUCCGAUGCAUGAUAGAAGGACAGCCAGAGAUUGUCCCUGCCCCUGUUGGCAAUGUCAAGACUGACCCUCCUUCCCUGGUGGUGAAACCAGCUAAACUGAGCUAAGUGGUGAAGUUACAUGUAACAUGUUACAAGCUAUUUCUUCAUGCAGAGCUGUCAGUUAAUUCCUUACUGAAGUGGAGGGAGGAGCAAAUACUAUCCACUUACAUGUAUGGCUGCAAUUAUCUGGAUUGAAACUCAGUUGGUAAAAUAACUUAAAUAAUGUACAAAUGCUAUAAUCAUGGUGGCAUUUUUAAAACUGAUUUCUUAUGUGGGGUUUUCUGCAGGAAUAAUUAUAUAUUACUGACUGUCACAAGGCCCAAGGACACCCAAACCAUGAACACUUGACUUUUUUUCAUAAAAUUUGUUGACUAAGGCAGGGCUGCCAUUAGGUUUUGAGUCACCUGUAGCUUUGUUCUCCACACCCAUAGCAAACUUGUUUCUUUUUGGAUGAAUUCUCUCAACAACAGGCAAUGUCACUCAUAGCGUCAAGGGAAAAUCAGCCAUUCUCGGCUGUAAUAGGUGUUGCGGGUUACUGCCCUCAAUGACAGCCCUGUAAAGAAUGAAGGCUCUUUGUACAAUGAGUAAAAGGCUGCUGAUUUCACAGUGUAACAAUGCUGAAUACUCGUACGAUAUUAGGAUGCAGAUCCCUCAUUCUUUAGCAGGGGUGGAUGCCAGGAUUUUUCUUAAGAGGGGUGUACCUCUUAGGAACGGCGUAACUGACUGGUGAGGUAAACACAUUUUAAAAGCAAAUAAUUAUGAUGAAGAAGGCUUCAUCUCAAGGGGGGGAGGGUGGUGCACCCCUUGCACACUCCCCCUAGAUCUGCCCCUGUUUAGUCACUGAAAAAAUGCGUAAAAAAAGUCAAGUGCUCGUUGUUUGAGGGUCUUCACUGUUAUGUCUGUGAAUCUCUUUGACUACAAAAUCUUCCGUAAAAUUAAUUUGGCAGGAGAUAUGGCAAGGAUUGACUCACUUUUAAAAGUGCUUGUAGUUGCUGUGUGAGUAGCAUUUAAGUUAAGCAUUUGUGUAACAUUUAGAUGCGGGGCUCUUUCUUUAAAGUAGGAAAGCUAAGUGGUAUCUUAGGAGUACUGAAUUUUAAUUUGAAAAAACAUUGUACUUACCAAUACAUUGUAAAUACUAGUAGCAAUUUCCUGUGUGGCACAGCAACCGAAAUCAUAAGGGCCAAUAUAUCCUCGCCUGAAACAUUUACAGUGACACCAGUUGUUGUUUGCAUUUCAUGUUCUUUGCUUUUAUACAUGACCGAACCUUAUAUUAUCAACGGCAAAAAUUCUAUUCAUGUGAGGUCAAGGUGAGCUUAAUUUGAUAUGCAGGUAUACCAUGUAGUUUAAGCUCCAUGUAUAUUAUGAGAGCGCUGCAGCUUUUAUACAAACUCUUGCCUUGUCAUUUCUUUUCCAGCAGUUUUUUUUAUGCCUUUUUGAAAGUAUGUAGUUUUAUUUACUUUAAUUUCCAACUAUAGCAUUGUGCACUCUUAACCCCACCACCCCCGCCCCCCCCUGCUCCACACACACAGGGUGCAGGUCAAAAAAAAAAAAACCUAGUUAUUUUCUGAAUGAGUUGACGUUGUCUCAAUGUAUCUCUUUGACAUACUGUGGCAUGUCAAGGGAACUGGUUGGUUCUCUAUCAGGUCAUGUCACAGCAAGAUGACAAUCCAGAUCGGAUUAAUUUUAUAAAUUUCUUUAUGCCAAUUUCUGCCUUUUUCCCAGCUUGCUGGAAAGUUUUCUUUAGCUUUGUUGUGUUGAAGCAACAACCUCAUAGGAGUGAUUCACAUUUUCCAAAUGUCGGUUGCAAAUGGUCUAGCUGUUUGAAUCACACUAGGGGUCGAAUUUUCGUGAUGUUAUAGGUGUACAACGCUAUUUUAAAACCUUCUUACUCUAGAUCUAAAGAGGACUAAAGUUCAAACCUUGUUCUGUGAACACCAAUCAGAAAAACACUAACUUGUCUCCAUGUCUUUCUCAUGGACACAAUUUUGUAGGACUAGAAUCAAUAUGAAUAUGAACAUGUUGGUUAAGGGAGACUUCCACUGUCACUGACUCAGAAUUUUGUUUAAAUCAAGUGGAGAAAAUGUUUGAACAGCUGGCCUCUUUGAAGGAGGUUAAAGUGGGUUAAUUUUGUUUGCAAAUGCAAAUUGUUCAUGCAUUUUCUCUUUUUUAAUUUACGCUCAACGCUUCCAGUGAAAGCAAUGCAUCAUUCAGCUAUGAUUGUAUCAUACACAACUUUGCCAUAAUUUUUGACGAAAACCAGUGGUCGUUUAUAUAUCCUUGAUGUCACUGUUCAAAAGAUGUUGUUUUGCAAGACAUAUACAAUAUUCAAUGGUUUGAUCAUGAAUACAUGUGCAUUUGCACAUUCUUGUGGAUUUUAUGAGCUGGUAGUGUACUUAGGUCUUGUCAACCUUGGAUACUAUAGGGUGUAGAGUCUGAAAGAGGGCUGUCCAAACGGCUGGGGAUGGAGGUGCCACGCCCCUCUCAGAAGGUGUAGCACUAAACAGGAUUGGCUGAGAAAAUAAUAGAAACAUACAACAGAAACAGUGAACUGAAACACAAUAGAAGUGUAUGAAACAGGGAACCAAUGAAAUUACAGGUUCUGAAGAGGUGCGUGGCUUCUGGGGGAUUAGAUAGGUUGAGGGAAAAACGACCAGUUGUUUUUGAGUAGCAGCAGAAUGCCUGCUGCGAGACAGUAAUUUAAUGUUAUUUUGCAUUUAACACUAGUCAGGGGGUGUUAAAACUUGUGGAGAUCUCGGAUCGAUGUCUGACCUCCCCUAACCUUCUUAUGACACAUUAAUGAGAAUCCAAGGUUUAAUCAUCUUGACCAAAAUAGGAAUUUGCCCAAGGAAAAUUUCUAUAAUUUUAGUGAGGAAAGCAAGUAGGGGAAUUUUAGUGCUAAACAUUUUGAGUGUAAAUAUAGUAGGGCUUGAUUAUUUUCACAAUGUAACUAUGAUCAAUAAUAAAUGCGAAUCAACAGAUCUUGG